GAGCUUCUAUCAAUCAAAAACAUCCCGUUAAAAAAUCGGUUAUGAAACCUGUUGGAGCCUGUCUAUGAGCAUACCUUUACCACAGACUCAUCCAGCACAAGCAGUUUGAACAAAUAAUCAGCUUCAAAAUGAAAGUAACAUUUGACUUCAUAAAGACUUUAUAAUGACUGCUUGUUAACGGCUUAACCCACACCAUGUUAUGUUGUUACCAUUGUGUUCAGCAUAAUGUUGCAUAAAAAAAAAAUGCUGCACGGUUGGAGCACAUGUUCACACGCUUGCUUCUGUUUGUGGGUGGGUGGAGGGGUGGGUAUGUGUUCAGUGGCACUAUGUAAAGAGCGAGGACAGACUUCCUCCCCUCACUUGCUCUGCCAUCAUGGAUGUGAAAGUUGCAUUUGUGAUUGUCUUUCUGUGCGCGUUUGCCAUCAUCUCUACUGAAGCUGGCAUCCCAAAAUGCUGCAUCAACACAAAAAUGGACAUCCCUGUGAAGGUGCUGAUGAGGGUUUAUAGAUGGACCUAUCAGAAAAACACCGGCGCCUGUGACACUGCUGCAAUCAUACUGUAUGUAAGGGGCAUGAAGAAGUCUGUUUGUGCUAAUCCCAAAUUGAAGCGUAAACUGAUCCAGCUGCAACAGAAGAUAAACCAGAGCAAGCAGAAAGCCUCUUAA